UCGACAGUCGGUUGUCAGGGAAGCGCGUCCUCUGUUGCCAACAUGGCGUUGACUGUUGCACUCCGUCCGCUAUGGCAAUGCAUUAGCAAUCGUGUUUAUUCACUUGCUUAACGGAGCUUGCCAGUGUGUGUUUUUUUCAUGAUGGGGGAAUAACUGAAGGGAAGGGUGCCAGUUGGAUUUGACAUUGCAUGAGCCGAAGUAGAAAAUAACGGGAAAAUGAGUCAGUGGCGACCGUUGGAUCAUGUUAUAACUGGAGCAGGUCACCGAGCUAGGUAGCUACGCUGGCUAGCUAGUUAAUUUACUGUAUGGUCAAUGUUUGUUUGAGUGACAGGCCGGCGAUGCGACGUAGGUAGAAUUCGGCAUUUUGCUUUCUGUCGGCCAGGAUUUUUAAUCAAUUCGUAAGAUAACGGUUAGUAUUUCUGUAAUUUUAAGUCAAAUCCUGAACUUUUGCGAAUGAAGACUGUUGGUUGUAUUACUGCUCGGUCGGCAGCUUCCUAGAAUGCAAGCUCUGAAGGACAAUAUAUUCUACUCGAAAGACCAGAUAAGAGUGGGCGGGGCGUUUGAAGAUGAACGACAGCUGCUGGUGCAGGAACAGAAGACCUGCAGGACCCAAGCUCGCCUAUUCUCCCUGGAGACCAACCGACGAAGGAAGGUUCUGGAGGAGAGGAGGAAGCAGUGGGAUGUCCAGGAACAGAUGCUGAGAGAAAACAUCCUUCAGCAGCGUAAACAGAGAGUCCAGGAUGCCACAGAGCGUUUCCAGAGGGCACACCUGCCCCUCUCGCAGAGACACAGACAAACUUUCAGAAACAGCCCAGACAUUGAGGAGGCACUUAAUAAUAUAAAAGAAAAUGUGACCUUAAGUUCCUUCGCUAGACAGUCUGUCAUCCUGUCCAGCAACUCAACCAUUAGCAGGAGCUGUACUCCCUCCCCUAAACCUCCUCUGACAGCCAGCCCAUCCCUUCAUCACAGGACCAUGUCUGUCCUGGAGGCCUUCACUAAGCUGGGACAGGACAGGCCCCUCAGCACCUUCAAGAACAGCCAGCAACUGUUCCUCAAUGAGCUGCAGGGCACACACCUGGAAGACAGGGACACCUGUACCAGUCCACAGGAUCAGCGUGAGAACCACCUCACAGACUCAGAGAGCCUGUCCAGUCUGGACAGCUUAGAAAACCAGGACGUCACUCAUGACAACACAAACAACAAUAAAAGCCUGUGUCAGUUCUCGCUGGACCACCUGGAUAAUGAGAGGCCAGGGCAUCAGCCGAUCCCUCAGAACCAUCCGAGUCCAUGGUCCGACCAGUCCCUUUACCCAACAGGGAGGCGUUUCCUGAGCGAUAACCUCCCGCCCCCACAGGGACCGGCAGACGUUAGCCCCCAGCCCACCCGGGAGACACAGACAGGCGAGUUGUUCGGAGAUCUUAGCAGAAGGCUGCACCACGACUGUGGCGCCACCGGAGGGCAGAGUUUCACAAACAAACUGUCAUUGCACACUGAUGCUGUAACCCAGCCUCCUCUUCUCUCCGGGGUGGCUGAACACCGCCUCCUGCCUGGGGCUAUUGGCAGAGCUUCAGUAGAGCCAAGCCAUGCUGAUCCACACACUCAGAAAAGUGACCCAAGAGACAGUGUUUCAGUGGUUGUAGCAGGCUCCAAGGCCUCCAACCCAGACAAUUUGCGGCUACAAUUCACCCCUUGCGUGACCCCAGAGGCAAAGCUAGGCUUGGGGCAGCGGGUGAAAAACCAAGAUCUGACGUCACACUUCACACAUCUGACGUCCACUCGGGUCUUUCUGUCCGGGAAGAACUGCAGCCACAAAGACCUUCUGUGUGAGACAACAAUCUCCAGCCCUGGUCCUGUCUGCACUAACUGUGGAGCUGAGGUCAAAGAAGACACCAUUGUGUCUUUAGAAAGCACACAGCACCCUUCUCACAGGAGAAAACCCCAUGUAGAUACCAGGGAAGACCUCACCAGGGAAGACCUCACUAAGACCUCUGUGUCCAAAGCAGGGAGGGGUACUUCAAACACAAACACUCUUGGUCAGACAACCUGUCGCUCCAACAUUAGAUCUGACUUCCCUAAAGGCCUGCAGCAGGAAGUUAUGCCAAGUCAAGCAUUGGACACAGCAAUACCAACUCCCUCCCUCCCCUACAGAAAUAACACUGACCCUUCUGAUGGUGCUGAAGUUAAAUUAAUUAAAGGGAUUCUUAAAAAGCCCCCCAAGUGCAGAGUCUCUGGAGGAGAGGCCAGGUCCAGUCUGUACAGGGCCGGGCAUUUAAUGUUCACCAAACAAGUUGCCAUUUCCAUCAGAGAUAGUGUGGAACUCACCAGAACGAAGGUCAGGAAUGCAGAGGACAACAGUAAGGUCAAAAAGAAGAUACGCUGGCUGGACGAGGCCAAGCUUGAAGAGGAGGAGGAGGAGAAGGAGAUCCAGCCUGAUCAUCAUUUAAAAAACAAGCCCUCAUUUCCUCAACAUAACCAACAGCAGAGUCUUGGCUUGGCCCGGGCUCACACCUCCACCCCCGGAUAUCAUUUCACCAAGCAGGCCUGGGCAGAUGUCAGGGUUCAGGAGAGACGCCAGGAGGCCUGGGAGACCCGAGUGGAGGUCAGGGGGCAGCGAGGGAGGGGCGGGAGGCCCGGGUUCCCCAGGGUCCCCAGGAGAGUGGGGUCUGCCAGGGCCGGGACAGGUCCCUCUCUCUCCAGAAAGGGUAGAGUCAUCCGAACCCAGUCUGCCAGCGAGGCCAGUAGGGACGUGGUCAUGGUGACCCAGGGCAAGGUCAAGGCACCUCGCCCCCCACCCCGGGCAGACCCCCAGGAGCACCGCGCUCAGCCAGGAGAGGCUGCAGCUGUAGUUUCAUACAGCACUAAGAGUCCUCAUGGUGUAUUGGAUCCGACCAACGCGUCUGUGUCAUUCAUCACAGUGCACUCCAGUGGUGCUCCGGCAGGUGUUUCGGUUGAGCGGGCCUUUUGUAACAGGGACACGCUGGAUGGCUUCCACCUAUCCCAUGCACAAGUCCUCAAAGCAGGUGGCGGCGUCAUCUUCAUGCCGUUGCCUCCACCGUAUGCCUCUUCCUGCACGAUUUCCAGCCCUUCCACAACCACCCCCGGGUCAGUCCAGCGGGAUGCCCUGGGAGGGCCUGCCAGGCGGGGGAUUCUCUACGACAAGGGCCUUUGCCUGGGCCACACCCCCACAGACGAGGAGAUCUCUCAGCUCUGGCAUGGAGUCCGCAGAGCCUUGACCACCAAGGAGGAUGACCAGAGAAACUCCCCAUACGAUAAUUUGUGUGCCUUGCCUCAAGCCCACGCCAACCUAUCCCACACCACCACCAGCGGACACAGGCACAGCUGUGGAGUCAAAGCUGUUACCGGGACAGAAGGCUUCUUCGUCUCCUCAUACAAUGGCAGAGGCCUGGUGAGGAAGCCAACCCAGGAGAACUGUGGGCCUAGGAGGAGAGGAGCACCUGGUUCAGGGAACAGAAGGCUUCCUCUUCCAUCCCAGUCACAGGUACAUACAGGAGGUCUUCUUCUAACAUCACAGGAACAUACAGGAGGUCUUCUUCUAACAUCACAGGUACAUACAGGAGGUCUUCUUCUAACAUCACAGGUACAUACAGGAGGUCUUCUUCUAACAUCACAGGUACAUACAGGAGGUCUUCUUCUAACAUCACAGGAACAUACAGGAGGUCUUCUUCUAACAUCACAGGUACAUACAGGAGGUCUUCUUCUAACAUCACAGGUACAUACAGGAGGUCUUCUUCUAACAUCACAGGAACAUACAGGAGGUCUUCUUCUAACAUCACAGGUACAUACAGGAGGUCUUCUUCUAACAUCACAGGUACAUACAGGAGGUCUUCCUCUAAACAUCACAGGUAAACAGUAGGUCUUCCUCUAACAUCACAGGUACAUACAGUAGGUAUUCCUCUAGCAUCACAGGUACAUACAGUGGGUCUUCCUCUGAACAUCACAGGUAAACAGUAGGUCUUCCUCUAACAUUACAGGUACACAAUAGGUCUUCCUCUAACAUCACAGGUAAACAGUAGGUCUUCCUCUAACAUUACAGGUAAACAGUAGGUCUUCCUCUAACAUUACAGGUAAACAGUAGGUCUUCCUCUAACAUCACAGGUAAACAGUAGGUCUUCCUCUAACAUCACAGGUACACAUUAGGUCUUCCUCUAACAUCACAGGUAAACAGUAGGUCUUCCUCUAACAUCACAGGUAAACAGUAGGUCUUCCUCUAACAUCACAGGUAAACAGUAGGUCUUCCUCUAACAUCACAGGUAAACAGUAGGUCUUCCUCUAACAUCACAGGUAAACAGUAGGUCUUCCUCUAACAUCACAGGUAAACAGUAGGUCUUCCUCUAACAUCACAGGUAAAUUCAAUAGGUCUUCCUCUAAUAUCACCGGUACAUACAGGAAAUAUAUAUACAGGUUUUGGAGCAACAUAUGCUGCCAUCCAAAUGACGUCUUUUUCAGGGAAGGCCUUGCUUAUUUCAGCAAGACCAUGCCAAACCACAUUCUGCACAUAUUACAACAGCGUCGCUCUGUAGUACAAGAGUCUGUGUGCUAAACUGGCCUGCCUGCAGUCCAGAUCUGUCACCCAUUGAAAACA